AACAAAGAGAUGGCGUUCUGUUCGCCUUUGUCGUCAUUUUCUGGCAGUAGUGACAUAAUUACCGUAUAUCACCUGAGCCAGUAUGUGCGUCGGUAGCAUUAGUUAAAGCUGCAAGAGUUGCUUACUCACAGAGAGAUUAUGAAUUUUUCUAAUCAGUUAUCGUUAUUUUAAAUUGACAAAGAGAGCGGAUCAGAAAUAUCAAGUUUUAGAAUUGUUUGGCCACCAAGUAGAAGCGCUGUUGGAACUGUAAAUUAUAACAGGUUUUGACCCGCCAUUUCGGGGAAAAAUUCGUCGACCAGCACCAAGUCGCCGUAACACAAUGUCGUCCCUUUACGAAAUCGAGCGGACAUUUUACUAAACUAUCUAAGAUUUUUCGUUUCCAUGCUUAUCUUAGGCUUUACAUGUUUUUUUUUGUUUUCCAAAUUCUAGAGCAGUCGAGCUUACUCGAAACAAAUUCUUUACGCAAGCUGCAUAAGUGCUUGUGUCAUGUAGCUUUUAUUUGGAGCAAUUGUUUUGUCAUUAUAUUUCACCAUUUUAACAUAUGGCCUAAAGGCGUUAUCUUACGCUUCUUCUGUAUUCACGAAAUGGACUGUCGGUGUUUGCAGUUGAUCCGCUAUCGCUAUGAAAAGCAAAUCAUUCGAUGCUGUUAUGGUUAGCUGAUCGAGAAACGACGCAACUUUGGUUGCCCUUUUUGGAAAAAAUUAUUCUUAUUUUGAAAUAAGGAAUUAAAAACAGAUUUGUUGCCGGCUGCUAUGAUUUUAACGGUGCUUGGUUUUAAAACGCGUCGAUUUUUCACGCGGUUUGCAACUUUUGGUGUUGUCAUCGGCAUUACGUGCACGGUUAUAAUGCUGUAUUUCAGGAUCGAAAAAUCAGGCUUUGCGAUCCAAUCAUUAUCGAAGGACAGCUUAAUUUUUCACAUCAAAGAUCAGCUGGAAUCCAAAUUUAAUGGAUCUGAUAAAUAUGCGCUAGACUAUCACAAGACUGUUAUGGACUACUCAUUGACUCCUCAGCCUUGUGGCAUUGUUGGUACUGUGCCUUUCCUGGUGAUUUUGGUAAUUAGCAAACCUGGGGGAUUUGAUCGACGCCAAGUAAUCAGAAAAACUUGGGGCUCUUUAGCAAACCCCAUCUGCGGUGUGCGCAGGUACUUCUUGCUGGGGCGAAUUCUCGACAAGGAAAUCUCAUCGAAGUUAGUGGUGGAAGCUGCAAUGUACGGAGAUAUAAUACAAGCCAAUAAGUAUGAUGAUCAGUACCGCUCGUCAUCGACAAAAACGCUUUUUGGAUACCAAUGGGUUGCAACAUUCUGUCCCCAAGCGGUUUUUACUUCUAGAAUUGAUGAUGAUAACUGGUUAAAUCUGCCAAAAUUUUAUGAGGUUUUAAAAAAAUCGGAAUUUACCGAAGCAGUGUAUGGUAGUCCUAUCGGCGCUGGCUCAACCGUAGUUCGCAGACCGGACACUAAAUAUGGCAUUCCAAGGGAGGAGUAUGGUCCUGAUUUUUUUCCCGAAUACUCCUCAGGAAUGUUUUUUACAGUGCCCACAAAGACAAUAAAAAGGAUUCUUUAUUUCAGCAAAAAAAUUCCUACUGUGUUCUUGGAUGAUGUUUACAUAGCAGGCUUACUUGCAAAAGCAGCCAAUCUAUCCAGAGUUUCUUUACCGGAAAUGGCUUGGUCGCCUGGAACGAAGGAGACUGAAUGCGAGAAAAGAGACAGAAUUUGCAUUCACUAUGUAUCUGUUUCCCAGUUUUACGAACUCUGGAACGAUCAGUGCCAUACGUAUAAUGAACUUUGUGUCUAAGUGACGUGACUGGUAGUCUUGCUUAUUCGAACAAACCUAGCCUUGUUGCGCCGCACGCUAAAAUUAGAAUAAAAUAAAUCUAAUAGCAAAAUAAAUCUGCAAAGUUUAGAAUUGCUUGCUGCGGUUUCCUGCUCUAACAUUUUUUUGCAAAAUUAGCAAGACUAAUACGCCAAUCUUUUGGUGAAUCGGUGACUGUCGGUCACUCUCCAAAGGGCAUCUCCGUGGCCCUGCAGUCAAGCGGCUGUGGAUCCGCCUUGGCCGGAUGCCUGUAUAAGCGUUGUUCGCAGCCAUGCAUCACCAUUGUUUUCCACUCCACUCAUUGUGUCGUUGCUGUCAUUGCUUACACUCAAAUUGUUUUAGCAUACUAUAGCGUAAGUUUUUACACGAAGGCCGGUUUUACACAUGCUUAAAUGUAAAACAACAGUUGACCUCUAGAUUGGUUGUAUGAUUCGGAGGAACAACAUAGUUUUCUCGAAUCCGAUCGACGACGAACUUUAGAACUUAAGUAGACAUGACCUUUGCUGUUAUUCUGUUGCCUGAUUUAACAGUUCGAUCGCUUGUUAUUGGUUCGCUUAGCAGCUCGCUCAUUUUAUCUCGGUCAGCCUGCAAAAUGUCAACAAUCGACAUUCAUAAACAGUUAGCCCGCAUCACCUCGAAGCGCUGCUUUCGCACUGGAGCUGACGCAGUUGGCGCAGAUAAAAAUGUCCUUGCAAAAGGAUAUUUUGACCAUAUGUAAAAAGAAAAUGGGGACAGCUUGUGAUAGAUGCAGCGUACGCUGUACCUGCACACAAUGUGGUUAUAUAAGACCAUGCGUGGUCAUGCGUUGUCAGCAAGUAGUAGUGAGGCGGCGAAACGCGUGUAAGUUGAAGGUUUGGAGUCGGAAGUCGAUCGAG